AUAUAUAAAAACAGUAUAUGGUCUUCUAAAAACACCGAAUAAAUAAACGAAAUAUUUUUUCAGAAAUGUGAAUUUCUUGGUGAAAACUUAGUGUGCUCUUGGUAUGUUGGGAUUUUUAGGUUCUAAGGUUGAGAGUAUUUGUUUCUGUAUGUGGAUGGAAUAGAGAUCAAGACUGAAGAAAAAUAUGCAUUCUAAAGGCUUUAAUAUGGAAAAGGCAAAAAGAAAAAUAUUGGAAUAUCGUAUGUGUUACUAGCAUUUGAGAUUUCAGUAACAUACUGUCCUAAAAGUACUGUUAAUUUCUGGUGCAGUUUGAAUUUCUAACUAGACAGUUUGAUUAAUACUUAUCCAGAUGAUUUUGCUGAUUUAGUAAUGUCGUAAUUAUCUUGGCAAUUGUGCAACGGGAUAUGGAUCAUGAAAUGUGACUUAAUUUGUGUAUUCUUUACCUUCUUGUAACAUGGCUAACAUUUGUGGAGAGAAUAGACAUUAGAUGAGGCUGAUGAGGCAAGUGAGUUGAAAAAAGUACUUAAAAUGGCUUCCCAACUUCAGCUCAGAUGGAAUUAAUCUUACCAUAACAUCCACUUUCCUUCUAGCUGUUGUCCUUGUAGAAUUUCUUGUAUAUGUGUAUCACAUGAAACUAUAGCUACAUCAUUUGACUUGUGAUUUAAUUGACAUUAAUAUUGAUUUGCAUAGCCUAACGUUCAUUAAUGAAUAAUGUGCAUUAGUUUUGAAAUGUUUUUAGUUUUAGUUACUUCUGGGUAAAAAUCAGAGGCAUUUAUACAGCUACUUAUAUGCUGCAGACGGUACCAAGAAAAUUCGAAAGCCAAAACCCUGGAAGCAUUCUGAACAAAUUACAAGGGCACAACUGGGGCGGAUGCGUGAUGAAUUUUGGGACACUGCUCCCCAUUAUGGUGGACAGAAAGAGAUAUGGGAUGCACUUCAAGCUGCAGCUGAAGCUGAUUUAACCCUUGCACAAGCAAUUAUCGAUAGCGCUGGGGUGAUUGUUCAGAGUGAUGACUUGACAAUUUGCUAUGAUGAAAGAGGUGCCAAGUAUGAACUACCCAAGUACGUUCUGAGUGAGCCAACGAAUUUGAUUCAUGAAAACUGACAAAGUAAAGAUGACGGAGCUCCAUUUAGACUGUAAAUCAUGUAAAUUGAUCUUAUGGUCCUUACAUUUCCUAUUUAAGUUCUUGAUCAUCCACAUUCUUCUAUAACUUAAUCCUAAUGCAAGAGAAGUUAUUGUUGGCAAAAUUCCUAGUUCUUUAAAUCAGGAUCCAUGUGUGCUUGCCAUCAAUGUCAAAGGAGACAAUUGAAAAUUCAUUACCAUUUCUGGUACUUAUCUUUUCACUUGUUUUAUAUGAGUUAGGUUAAACCCCCAAUUUAGUCUCUGAAC